AUAUAUAUAUGGAUGUACAUUCAUAGAUAUAUACAUAUUUAGACACUCACUUGUUAAUAUAUAGUUAUAUAUUCUAAAGUGACAAUAUUAUAUGAAUAUAGCUAAUAUCAAUGUUACCGGAACGAAAUCGACCGAAGAAUCACACAGCAUUUAAUUCUGAGAACAGUGGAUUGUACCUCAGUGAAAAACUGUCCUCCUUGUUUAUGGAAUACGGACACGUGCGAUGUUUGUAAAGCUUAGCCGAAUGGAUUUCAAUAAAAGACUUCUUUAAAUCAUAAGGAGUACCACUGAUAACUGAAAUCAUACAAGCGUUUAACAGUAGUUUCAUUGAGAUACUAUAUUCCACUGAAAUGACCAAGGUAUUUGGAGUAGGUAUUUUGUCUACGUUAGAGAUUUAUGUGAAGAUCGUAACACACGAAAAAUGACAGGGAGUUUUUGAUUGCUGAAAAAAGAACCAUUAGUAGAGCAUAAUUGCGUGAGUCAUCAAAAAGACCAACUUGAAAACUAAUACUACGUGAUCAACUCGUGAGCUGCAAAUAAUCUGUUCCUGAGUAUAAUUUAUUUUGAAGAAAUAACGCACAUAACAAUUUUGUCAAAGGGAAUUGACUUUCUGCAUUCCAAUAUAUAUUUUCACGGAUAUUUGCAAUGUGUUUUAUUGAAAACCUAUUUAAAAUUCCUUAUUAUAAAGAUUAUAUAAUCCUAUGACAAUCAACACACGUUGGUCUCUGGAGAGUUCAACGCUAGUGUGGUGAAAGAAUUAAGGUUGUGUCCAAAAGGCAAGAAAGUGCCUGUCACUAAGGUUGUUAAUCGGAUGCGUGUUCCCAUGACGACGAAGGCUUUUGAAGUGCUAUUAUGGCUACAAACUGGCCUCGUUCUAGCCGUGGCAGUUGUGCUGCGGGUGACGUCGGCCGAAUGCAAAUUCCCCAGUUUUAUGCACACGGAGCAGAAUGCUUGGGUACGAGGUUACGAAAAAGGUGACCGAUUUGUGGCGUACUUUCAAGAUGGUAUUAUGAAAGCUAGUAGUUGUCGUGAUCGACAAUGUACACGAUACGAAAGAAAAUGUAUAGAAGAGUUCCCUAACGGUAAAUAUAUAGCAUCUCACAUAGAAAUUGCUCAUACGACCAGUUAUGUUUGUAUGGAAUUCUUGCGUCGAGGUGAAAUCAUUGUUCAGCUAAAACAAUCAGAAAUAUCUAAAACGAAUUAUCCAGAUCUUUGUAAUACGUUAAUGUUAGAUAUGUGGCCAUUAGUACUGCUAGAAAAACUACUUGAGCACAAAGUUAGCUGCCCAUUCUCAGGGGGUUACAAUUUACAAAUGUUUGAUAGCAGUGGGUCUGCGCUAUGCCGUGAAGAAAUAGUUCCUAUUAGGCUAGAAAGUGAAUGUGAAUCUGGAGAAGGUAUGAUGAUUCAUUUUAGAACGAAGGCUUGUAUACACAAAGAUUUAAAUAUGGAAGUAAAACAGAAAUUAUAUUGUCUUGCACAUUGGAAUGAAGGCCCGUUCAGAUUCAUCAUUCUUCGAGAAAAAAAUCGACGCGACCAUAUCUGGUCUCUACGUGUAAAAGAACCUGUUAAUGAAAUCAAAACCGCAGCUUUAUUCAUGGUGCCUGUCUGUGACACUGGGGAAGAAAUUACUCAAACGAAAAUGUAUCUGGAAUUGAAACUUGAUAAGUACGUGGUGUCAACAACCUGCGCCGACGAGUUCAAAGAUUGCGCACAAUACGUGCAGUUUUGUGAUUCAGGGUAUCGCCAACAUUGCUCAAAUUCAUGUCGAGACUGUCGUCAAGACGUAAUUAAAUUAUGUCCGUUUUCUGAGCGCUUGCGUAGCACUUGGGUGCAAAGCAUGAAAAAAAAUAAGCAACUCUCCAUAAAUAUCACACAUUACCAAAUCUCUAUUCAAACUCUUGGGAUGUUUCACUGCCUGGUUGCCAAAGGUAAAAGUACACCAGAUAGUGAUGUUCUUUUACAAUUGUUCCAGAAUGGAUGUUACCCAAGAUACACAUGUCUUCAAAUUGAGAAAACAGCACCGUCAGUUAUAAGAUAUCGACUCGGACGCAGUAUAGAAUGGCCCCUUGCUCACCCAGGAGAGUUGAAGACAUAUAUCUGUAGUGAAAACCACUUUGAUUACAGCCCGGAUGUUCAAGCCGUCCAGAGAAAACCAAUGACCGUGUUAGUAAAUCUCAAAAAAACACACUUCGUUAACUGUAACUUACAUCCCGUGAUUAGUAGGUAUACCUUGUUGAGAGAUGAUAAUUUUUGUGAAUAUUGUCUUAUGCAUGAUCCCAGUCUAUCAUCAGAUCGGAUUGUGUUAUAUAGCUUGAACUGCUCUACGAAACCGAGGCAUAUUAAUCUGGCAUGUUUGGCUUCAUUCGAUAUCAACGCUCAAACCAAAGCAGUAGUUCUUAAAGCAGUCCACCGCAAACAUAAUUUUGUUUGCUGGGUUUUCACAUCACGAAACAAAAUUCUUGUGCUACCACCAUCUGACUGUACCAACACUACAGCUCAUGAACAACCAAUUAUCGGAGGCAGAGAAGACGAAGCCUCGGAGUUUUCCAUUAUGAAAGAUGUAUCUCGAACAUGUGAAGAAUUAUGUCUAACUUCAACGCCAUCCUACCUCACGGCUAACACUACGUUAUUACCGUCAAGCAGCUAUUGGGAUAAUAGUUCAGGUGUAUACCGUCCGCAAGCAGAAACGUCAGCAAAUUCCAAAGGAACAUUACCAGAAUGCAAUCGCAAGAACACUUAUGUAAUCACAGUUAUGUCUGUAUUAUUUUUUCUGAUACCUCUUGUUUGUGUCCCCGCCUAAUGAAUGGUCGAUUGUAAGUAUUGAGCGUGUGUUAGCAAACUAUUUUGAAUCACUCAGUUUUGCAUCCAAUUAUCAUAAGAAGAAAAAAAAUAUCCAUUACUGUAUUUUGUAUCAAUGGAACUACUUUCAGAAAUUCUGAGCUGGCUGACGAUAUGAAAGGACUGAUCUAUUCCCAGAACAAUACAACCAAUAUAUAUAUA